AUGUAUCAUCUAGCGAAAGGGCUGUAUCUAUACGCCACGAGCAAAGAAGAAUACUCCGUCCUCCUCCUCGGCCUGGACAACGCCGGCAAGACGACCUUCCACGAACAAGUCAAAGCCCUCUUCCUGCCCUCGCACACGCCCAAGCUCAAGACGGUGCCGACGGUCGGCCAGAACGUCUCGACCAUCACCAUGCCGGACAUGUACCUCAAGAUCUGGGACGUCGGGGGCCAGCACUCGCUGCGCAAGCUGUGGCAGAGCUACUACACCUCCUGCCACGCCAUCGUCUUCCUCAUCGACAGCACGGACAUCGCGGACGGGAACCUCGAGGGCGACGAUUCCGGCCGCCUGGAGGAGUGCCGGCUGGUGCUGGAGGAUGUGCUGCAGCAUAGCGAGACGGAGGGCGUGCCGCUGCUGGUGCUGGCGAACAAGCAGGAUAGGGAGGACUGCGUGGAGGUCGUCCGCAUCAAGGAGGGGCUGGUCAAGAAGGUGUUUGAGGGCGAGAAGGGCGCGGGCAUCCGCGAUAGUAGGGUGCUCCCCGUGAGUGCGUUGACGGGGACGGGUGUCAGGGAGGCGGUGGAGUGGGUGAGGAGUAGGGUGAAAUGGAACAAGGAGGCGAGACCGCCCGUUAUGAGGUGA